AUGUUUUUGAAAUGGAUUUCUCAGUUAGGACUACUCGAGCACGAUCCUGAUACCAAUGUUCUUGCAAAAUUUCCGUUAAAUGUUAGAAAAAUACUAAUAUCAGAAAUAACACAAACGCUGUUAUCCGCACAUGAUCCAAAUCUUUUAUCAUCGACAACACAUGUAAAAUGGGUCAUGGAGGCAGUUGGUCAGGGAUUUGCAUUACCAUUGGAAGAGAUGGCGAUAACAUCAAAUUCUAAAGAACUUUAUUCACAAUGGUUAUUUGAACCUAAUUUUAGACCUGCUGCGAUUAGAAACGCGACGGGACGUCAAGAGGAACAAGAAUUCUGGCAGACAAUUUUUCAUCAUUAUUCACUGUUGUAUCAACCUCGUCUUCCUAGUUCAAGUGUGUCAUCCGUAUCAUCGACACCGACAACACCAGGAUUUCCUGCUUCAGCAAAUCUAUCAUCAUCAAAUUUCACGGUUUUGCAGCGUCAUAUUGAAUUAUGUAAAGGUGUUUUGAUCGUGUUAACUAUGGCUGGCCGUACAUUAGGCUCUCAAUUUUCAGAAGAAACUUGGCUUGUACUUUUAAAAGUAGUUUUAGGAAUCACGGAUGGUUUAUUACGAGAACCAUUAGGAACAACAAUUCCAGAGGGAAAUCUUGAGAAAAAAACAGCUGCUAACAUGGCAGAUGAAUUAUGUGAACAUUUAUUGAGAGUACUUUUCGAAUUAUGGUUAAGAUCUAAAAUUCGAAAUGUUGAAAUGUGGGACAUAUUUAAAAGGUGCUUUAAUAAAUGGACUCACAGACAACCGCCAUUAUCACAAUGGGAUGCAGCAACUCUAGCUCUAACACAACGAGUUAUAAGAUUAUUAUAUGGACCAAAGGGAGGUGCAGACAUGGUGAAUAUUUCAGUUGGUGGCUAUAAUGUGGGAUUGGACCUUCCAACAGAUUUUGUAUACUUUGCUUGGUAUAGGAUGGUUUAUUUAAUAAGUAAUCCAUGCAUAUUACCAUCAGCAAAUUUUACUUUAGCACUUUCUGGAAUUGGAAAAAUUAUUGAAUCCUUUCAAAAAGUUGGACAAACAUAUGAUCAGAAAUCUGCUCAAAACGACGCUGAAGGUUCUCUUAUGUCAAUACCUGAUGGUAAUACAUUAUUGCGCAUGUUUGGAUCUUGGUUAUUUCAGGCAUGCUCAAUAAAUCGUGCAGACUCGGAUGUUAAACAGGGGAGAGCAGAAGCUUAUGGUAUUCUCUGUAAAAUAUUUUGUCUACCUCAACGCAGAGAAAAGUUCUUGAGACAUUAUAUUACCCAAUUCUAUCGAGCUUUGACGGAAGGUUUACGUACAGAUAGCUGCUUACCGGUUAUUUUGACGAACACAACUUCACUUUUUGCUACAGAACUUGAGGGUGUCAGAAUGAUGGUUCCUGAUUUUGUUGUUGGCAUUAAAAUGAUUUUACCAAGGUUGGCACCUGGCUUUGAAACCGAUAUACCUUUGGAUGAGUUGAGACUUGCGGCAAUAAAAGUUGCAAGUACGAUUAUGUGUUUGCCUAAUCACUUUGAAAAAGUUUCUUUAAGGGAAAACUGGAAUGUGGGGUUACAUCAUAACGGAGAUAAGCUCGUUAAUAAUGACCCUGACGAGAUUGUUAUCAAUGAACUUAUACGAGUUUUAUAUUCUGAAGAAGAUGACACAAAUGAUAAGAAUUUGACAGAACCAUUUACAACCCUUAAAUUUUAUAUACUUGAGUUACUUUUGACAUCUCUCAAAACCGAGAAAUCAUCUUAUAAUCUCAGAUAUCUUCUUCACUUAAUUAAUGUAUAUGUGGCAGAGGAUGUCGCAUUUUGCCCAGGUUUGGUUGGACUUGUAGUAAAAUCAAUUCAAGAAAAGAUACUUACUAUGAAUCUUCCAUGGGAUGUUACCUUAUAUGCUUUUGAUGUAUUAAAAGAUUUUGUGAGUUUGUAUGAAUAUGUUCAGAGGGAUAGUAAGAACUGUGCAAGAGAAUUAGUUCUUGCUUUCUCGCGUUAUAUUGACAUGAUGCUCUCGGGAAGUGGUGGAGGAUUACCUGUGACGUAUCAUCUAGUUGAACGUGCAUAUGACUGUAUGAUGCGCUGGAUUCUUAUUGGACAAUGGAUAGUCGGUGACCGUGAUUGUCACGAAGCUGUCAUAGCGACAAUCAGUCGAGGAAUUUCCAUAACUCCUAAUAAUGAUGAUGAAUCUUCACAGUCAAAUUCUCCGACUGAUAAGAAAAAGAAUCGUAGAGACACAGCUCCAAAUAAGCUAUUUUCUCCUCGAGCAAAUAAGAACAUCGUCACUAAUAAUGAAAAUACUUCACAUAAUGGCCAAAAUCGAUAUGGAAAGAAAGGUGAAGUUGCUGUAAAGAUUGCUGCCGAAAUAGCAAUGGCACAAUUCGUCAAUCACCUUGGAAACUUCCCCGCAUGGGGUGAUAAUAUAGGUCCAAGCAGGAUAUCCACUCUGUUUAAUGAUGAUUUGGUAUUGGCAAGAUCACAAAUUUCUGAUGCUAGAGAUUUUGAUGGAUUAUCAAUACCUGAACUAGUUAAGUACUUUUUAAUUGAUGGUAGGGUUUUGGUUGGAUUUGUGGAAGUUCCUAAGCAUCCUGUAUGGACCGCUGGGGGGGACACAAGGACGCCAGGUUCUCCAGGAUCACCUGAUACAUAUUCUACACCAACUGCCACAGAAACUCCAGCAUCACCUGUUUCUCCAGGCACACCCAGAGCAUCGAUGCCACAAUCUUACCUUCCAGACAAGUCAAAUGAGGCUGAUUCUAACCCCUCAGUAAUUAUAGUCAUGCGUGAUAGUACGGGGAAAUACUCUUGGACUGCUCGUAUGGUUUAUAAAGUUCAGACUGAUGAUGAUCAUGAUCAAAAGAAUCCAUCAUCAAGUACAAUAGAUAAAGACAAUUAUGAUAGGUUAUUACAGUCAACUUUACCAUCCGUUCCAUUUCCUCAUACAGAUACCACACAACAGACUUACCAGGAUAAUGAUUUUCGUGUAAAUGUUCCUCGUAUCGUAAGUUUUAAUGAACAUCAAAUACCAAAAGUUGACAAAAUAUUUGAAGAAGGAAGUGAUAGUUGGAGAGCUUAUAAUGCUGUCAAAAAACUUACACAGAGACAAAAAGAGGAAGAAGAACGAGCAUUGGAAGAAAAACAACGUGUAAAAACAAGUCAUCAAAGUUAUAAAGCGAUUCCUGCCGGAUCUAAUACGAACUUGGAAAGUCCGCAAGCAUUUCGUUUAUUCAUGUCACAAAUAGGAUUGUUGUCUUUAGAAAAUCGACAUCGUAUGAUUCCAUUACGGAUUUCAGAAAAGCUUGUCAAGGAUUUGGAAAAAUUAGAUCAGUUAAACGAACGGGAUUGUGUUAGUGCUUCGGUAUAUUAUGUUCGAUCAGGAGCGGAAGAAUAUGAUCAUAUUAUAAACCCUCCUGCAAUAAGUGAGGAUUUUGAAAAGUUUUUGAAUAGUUUAGGAUGGCCGGUUUCUCUGGAUGCACAUUCCGGAUAUCAAGCAAAGCUUAGUUCAGCUUUUUGUAAAACAGCACCAUAUUUUGCUGAUAGAACCGUUGAAGUAAUUUUUAAUGUUCCUUAUUUAAUACAUACACAGUCACCUGAUUCAUCAAUCGAAUCUUUAUCGAACAUAAUUAAAAGUAUAACGGUAGAUGAUUUAGUAUGUAUUGCAUGGGUUGAAGACAUAAUAUCUAUGGAUGAUCUACCCCAAAAGAUAGGACAAUCUGUUUUAGUAUAUAUAUUUGUUCAUCCAUUACAAAAUGCAACUGGGUUAUAUUGGAUAAGAAUUGUUACUCCUACACUUGCAUAUCAAGGUGGUUUAAACGAAAAGAAAGGAGGAAAAGGCAGAGUUAGCUGGAGUGCUGAUUCUACAAAAUCAGUGGAAAAUCCUCUGUUAUUUGGUCCAUUGGUUGAUGGUAUGAUUGUAAGCAGGCAUACUUUGGGGCUACUUGUAAGAAAUACGACGAUAUCUGCACAUGAAUCAUGCAAAAAUUUCAUGGAAACACAUAGUAGAUCAUAUGCAAUGAGAAGACAAUUUAUUGAAGAAAUGUAUCAUAGAUAUAAAAGUAGUCUUUCUAUUUCAGAGUAA